AUUUAUAUAGCACCCAAACUCAAAACCCUAACUCCUCGAAAACAGCUAUUGAACUCGCGGCGGGAGCGGGAGCCCGUUCACGAUGAAGUUCAAUAUCGCAAAUCCGACUACCGGAUGCCAGAAGAAGCUAGAGAUCGAUGACGAUCAAAAGCUCCGAGCAUUUUUUGACAAGAGGAUCUCACAGGAGGUCAAUGGUGAUGCUUUGGGUGAGGAGUUCAGAGGUUAUGUUUUUAAAAUCAUGGGAGGUUGUGACAAGCAAGGAUUUCCCAUGAAGCAGGGUGUGUUGACUCCUGGACGUGUUCGUCUUUUGCUUUCAAGAGGCACCCCAUGCUUUCGUGGGCAUGGAAGACGCAAUGGAGAGCGCAGAAGGAAGUCUGUUCGUGGAUGCAUUGUUAGUCAAGACCUAUCUGUUUUGAACUUGGUUAUUGUGAAGAAAGGUGACAAUGAACUGCCAGGAUUAACCGACACUGAAAAGCCUAGAAUGAGGGGUCCAAAGAGGGCAUCCAAGAUUAGGAAGCUUUUUAACCUCUCCAAGGAGGAUGAUGUCAGGAAGUACGUCAAUACAUACCGUAGAACCUUCACAACAAAAUCUGGGAAGAAGGUCAGUAAAGCUCCAAAGAUACAGAGAUUGGUCACGUUGACGCUUCAGAGGAAACGUGCAAGAAUUGCAGAGAAAAAGAAGAGAAUCUCGAAGGCCAAGGCAGAGGCAGCUGAGUACCAGAAACUCCUUGCCUCUAGGUUGAAGGAGCAGCGUGAGCGCCGUAGUGAGAGCCUGGCAAAGAGGAGAUCAAAGCUCUCAUCUGCACCCAAACCGUCUGUUGUUACAUAAUUUUAUAGGCUCUUUUAGUCGGUGAUUGCACCCCCACGGUUUUUCCAAUGACUGAAGUCUGGUUUUAAUUUUAGCAGCUGUCAGUUUUACAUUCCCUAUAUUUAGCUUAUUUUGGUUGAGAAUAGAAUAUCCUUGCUUCCAAACUCACAUGGUGGCAUGUUUACUGGUCAUAUAAUACACACUUUUUGGGUAAGUAUAUAAUACUUUUAUUUAUGUCGUCUGUAUGAA